UCUUCUUCUUCUUCUUCUUUCUUACAGUCUUCUGCAGUGAUUACUAUGUCUCUGCUCAGCCUCCUGCUCCUCCGUUCACAAACGGUGACCUCGCCGCUAAUUUCGAGCCGAGUUUGGCAGUCGUCACAGUAGUUCUCGCCAUCAUGUUCUCACUCACUUUCGUCCUCCUCGUCUACGCUAAGUGCUGCCGCAUCGACCUCAGGCGGCCAAGAACCAACGACGGAAGACGGCGAGAUCGCCGGAUCAUACAAGGAAUAUUCGUUAACCGGUCAGCUAACUCGUCGGAUAGAUUCUCCGGUUUAGACAAAACGGUAAUAGAGUCACUCCCUCUGUUUAGAUUCUCUGCUUUGAAAGGAUCGAAACAAGGGCUCGACUGUUCUGUCUGUUUGUCUAAGUUCGAAAGUGUUGAGAUUCUUAGAUUGUUGCCUAGAUGUCGUCACGCUUUCCACGUGGGAUGCAUCGAUCAGUGGCUUGAGCAGCACGCGACGUGCCCUCUGUGCAGAGACAGAGUCGAGAUAGAAGAAGAAUACUCUGUUUACGGAAACAGCUUCCGGUUCUUGAAUCAGUCUGAGGUACAAGAAGGUUCGAGCUUGGAGCUUUACGUCGAAAGAGAAGAAGAAGAAGAAGAAGAAGAAGAAGAAGAAGAAGAAGAAGAAGAAGAAGAAGAAGAAGAAGAUGGUCAGGGGUCAUCGAGAUUCAGCAUCGGAGAUAGUUUCCGGAAGAUUCUUAAAUUAGGUCAUAAAGAGAAACCCUUACUUGAUCAACAAGGAAACGAGAACAAGUUGAUGCACAAGUUUAAUCAUAGGAUCGUUGUGUCUGAUGUUGUGUUCAAGAAUCGUUGGAGCAACGUGAGUUCGUCGGAUUUGAUGUUUUUGAAUUCGGAGAUGGUUAACUCGAUGUCCAGCGAGCGAUUCUCGUCGUUGGAUCGAGUUAAGAGAGGUGAUGAAGAGGAUAGCUUGUCGAUCAAGGAAGAGAUGGAAGCGAAGAGAAUGUUGGAGAGCAAGUUGAGUGGGAUGAAAACUAUGUCGUUGUUGUCGGAGAGCGGAGAGUCUGGUUCGAAAUCUAGAAGCGUUGUGGUCGAGCCAGGGAAAAGAUCGGUCUCUGAGAUCACUGCAGUUCCUAGAUUCAGUAUUGCGGUUCAUGGAGAUUAUAGCGGUUCAACCGCAGCAGCGUCUGCUUUGGAAACGGAGAGAAGACGGCGUUUGUGGCUGGCGAUCGCUAGAAACACAGCUCAAUGGUUUGCUAAUAGAGAAAAAAUAAAUCAAAUUAACACAACACACCAACACUUUAAUGUUUAA